AUGCACGGUGCCUCUCGCUCUUACCGGCUGUUCCGUGCCCUUAAGUCCACAGCUCUAUCUGCUCUCGGGCCGCACCACCACUUGAGCCCGUGGCCGUAUCUCCUCUCCCCGCCGGCCUGCGUUGACCCGGCUCGGCCGAUACUCCAGCCCGCGGCCGCGUCCCUUCUUCGCGCUGGCCUGCCAGCAGGUGUAGAGGAGACAGCUGGGGAAUUCCAGGGGUUCCCUUUGGGAAAAGCCAAGAAUGAAGAUGCUGAAGGAAACCUGGGAGAUGGAGACGGACCACAGAGACAGGAGGGAAGCCACACAGCCGGGGAAGACCAGAGGAAUGAGAAGGGUGAGGAACUGCGUCCUCUAUUGCCGGAUGAAGCCAAGAAUGAAGACUUGAGAGGCAACUUCCAAAAUCAAGGUGGACCUAAGAGAAAGAAAAGAAGCCAAAAAGCCAAGAAGAGGGGUCAACCCAUUCCUUGCCAAGGGGAGGAUUUCCAAGAACUAAUUUGCAUGGUGAAGGAAACAUACAAGUGCUUGGCUUGUGGAAUGAACUUCUCAGAUCAAUCCCAUUAUACUGACCACUUACGAAUACACAGUGGAGAGGAGACCCAUCAACGUCUGGAGUGUGCAAAGAUCAUGACUUGCAGAGCAGAGCUCCGUGGACAUCAAAGAAUACAUACAGGAAAGAAAUCUUACAACUGCUCAGACUGUGGGAAGAGCUACUCAGAGAAAUUAGACCUUGUUCGACACCAACGGAUUCACUCAGGAGAGAAACUAUUUAUAUUCUCAGAGACUGGAAUGGCGUUCUCUAAGGGAGGAAAACGUAAUAGCCGUUUUCCAAAGCAGUCUACAAUGAAGGCAUAUAAAUGCUUCCGAUGCAGAAAGUACUUCAGAUACAGAUCACAGCUCCUUCUGCAUGAAAGAACCCACAAAGUGGAGAAGCCAUUGGAAUGUUCAGAGUGUGGGAAAAGAUUCAAUCAGAAAGGCAAUCUUCAAGAACAUCUAAGAACCCACACAGGGGAGAAGCCUUUUGAAUGCUCAGAGUGUGGGAAGAGAUUCAGUGGCGAUCUUCAAAGGCAUCUAAGAACCCACACAGGGGAGAAGCCAUUUGAAUGCUCAGAGUGUGGGAGGAGAUUCAGUCGGAAUGGCAGUCUUCAAGAACAUCUAAGAACCCACACAGGGGAGAAGCCUUUUGAAUGCUCAGAGUGUGGGAAGAGAUUCAAUCGGAGUGGCCAUCUUAAAAGCCAUCUAAGAACCCACACAGGGGAGAAGCCUUUUGAAUGCUUAGAGUGUGGGAAGAGAUUCAGUCACAAUAGCUGUCUUAAAAGCCAUCUAAGAACCCACACAGGGAAGAAGCCUUUUGAAUGCUCAGAGUGUGGGAAGACAUUCAGUCAGAGAAGCAAGCUUCAAGAACAUCUAAGAACCCACACAGGGAAGAAGCUUUUUGAAUGCUCAGAGUGUGGGAAGAGAUUCAGUCGGAAAGGCAAUCUUCAAGAACAUCUAAGAACCCACACAGGGGAGAAGCCUUUUGAAUGCUCAGAGUGUGGGAAGAGAUUCAGUCACAAUAGCUGUCUUAAAAGCCAUCUAAGAACUCACACAGGGGAGAAGCCUUUUGAAUGCUCAGAGUGUGGGAGAAGAUUCACUCGGAGUAAUAAUCUUCAGGAACAUCUAAGAACCCACACAGGGAAGAAGUCUUUUGAAUGCUCAGAGUGUGGGAAGAGAUUCAGUCGAAGUGGUGAUCUUCAAGAACACAUUAGAACCCACACAGGGGAGAAGCCUUUUGAAUGCUCAGAGUGUGGAAAGAGAUUCAGUUGGAGUGGCGUUCUUCAAAAGCAUCUAAGAACCCACACAGGGGAGAAGCCUUUUGAAUGCUCAGAGUGUGGAAAGAGAUUCAGACUGAAAGGCCAUCUUCAGAAGCACCAAAGAAUGCACACAAGGGAGAAACCUUCUGAAUGCUGAGAGUGUAGGAAGAGAUUCCAUCAUUGUGGCCAUCUUCAAAGUCAUCAAAGAGCCCACACAAGGAGAAAUCAUUAA